CCCAAAAAUCGAAACAAUAACAACACAACAUAAAUUAUUUUAAUUGUUGAUCAAAUUUCUGGACCCGGCUUUAACUCGGAUCUCAGACUUAAACUCAGUUUUGUAACAUCUUUGAGUAGAGAAAUAUUUCGUCCAAUUUUUGCACUAAUUUUUAUAAAAUAUUUUAUUUUGAUAUCUCAUUAAAAAAAUGGAGCAAAAAUUGGAGGACGAAAAUUUGUCAGAGCCUAUGUCCUCGUCUUAUGCUGACGGACUGUCACCUUAUGACAACAAAGGGAAACUUGGUUUGAAAGAGAUUUUUGAUUCUGACGAAGAAGUUGAGCGAAAACUGAACGUACUUGUUGAGUGGGUCAAAGAAGCAAAACACGUUGUCUUCCACACUGGUGCUGGAAUCAGCACAUCAGCUGGCAUUCCAGAUUUUCGAGGCCCACAAGGAGUUUGGACAUUAGAGGCCAAAGGUGAAAAGCCAAAAUUCAAUAAAUCGUUCAACGAAGUCACUCCUACAAAGACUCAUCUUGCUAUCAAGCAUUUGAUUGACCAUGGUUUUGCAAAAUUCGUGAUUAGCCAAAACAUAGACGGACUCCAUCUUCGCUCAGGUUUGAGCAGGCACCAAUUUGCAGAGCUGCACGGAAACAUGUUCACUGAGCAGUGUGACAAAUGCAGCGGAUUGUACGUUCGAGGAAGUGCAACUACGUCGGUUGGUUGCAAAUACUUGGGAAAAAGUUGUCCCGGCAAAAAAGGGCGAAUGUGCAGAGGCAAAAUCAAAGACACCAUUCUCGACUGGGAGCACAACCUGCCGGAGGAUGAGAUCUGCAUGGCUGAGUGGCAUUCGAAUCUGGCCGAUUUGAGUAUAACCUUGGGUACAACAAUGCAAAUUGUUCCCAGUGGAAAUUUACCCCUGUUGGCUAAAAAGAGGGGCGGUCGUCUGGUGGUUUGCAAUUUGCAACCAACUAAACAGGACAAAAAAGCUGAUCUCAUCAUCAACACUUAUGUAGACAACAUUAUGGAAGGUCUCAUGCGGUUGCUGGACUUGGAAUUUCAGCCUUUUGAUCCGUCCGCAGACCCGACAAAGAAAGCUGCCUCUGAAAUUGUGCCGUGGGACUUUCCAAGACCAAUUUUCAAUAGCACAAAAAGACUGUACAUGGAUAAAUGCACCAAAGUUGGUAAAAGAAGCAGUAGUACUAAUGAUAAUGGAGUUGGGAAGAGAAAGAAGAAAAUCAAAGAAGAAGACGCUGGAAAGGAUAAUGUCGAAGAGAAGGCUAAUUUUGUGAAAGAAGAAUGUGCUGUGGCGAUUGAAAAUGGAAAUGUGAGUGAAAAAACUACAAACAAUAUUGUUUGCACAGAAAUAAAAGAAGAAAUCAUUCCUUUCUAAUCAAAUAUCUGGUUUUAAAGUAUAUAAUAUAGAUGAUACAAAAUUUCUAGCAAAAUUUAAAGAUAUUUCAGACAUUUUAGAAAGAA